AGGCCUCCUGAUUUCCAAUCCCGCAUCAAAAUUCUUUCCAAAGGCAAUCUUCUUUACAGUCAACAUAGCACACCAAGAACUUCUCAUACAGAACUGGUUUGAGAAUGAGACUAUGACCUAGAAGUUGCAACCAUCUUUGCGUUCGUUGUUUGUAGCAGAGUAGUUGCAUAAUUAGUCUGAGUGUCUUCGUAAGUCAUUUUCCCCUUCGUCAUAUUCACAUAGAAUAAAGAAGCCUGAGCACGUCGACCCCACAGGCCAUGUCGGGGCACGAAUUCGAGGCGUUUGUGCAGACCGCCGCGGCGAUACCAAAUGCAAAAAUGUCUGGGUCUGGGAGAAUGCCAGACUUGUCAUGCAGGUUUUCCCUGACCCAUGAGGUCUGGUAUGUAGGACAUAGCAUGACAGACUCUGUGAGAGUUCUAUCAAGCCUAUGCUGCAUGAGAAAUUGCCACUCGAUUAGUUCAAAAGUGGACAGCUUUUGGCAAUCAUGCAACACAGAUUUUUACAUGAUUCACAUUUAGCAUGGCAAGUUGCUUUUUUCCAGACACAGAAAUUUUUGCAGCUGAUAGGCGAUGGCCGGUGACGACGUGGACCCGAACUGGCUGAAGGAGCUCUGGUAUUAAGUGCAAAUGUGUCUGGGUCUGUAAACUUGUAAUGCGGUGCUGGGAGUAGUGAAUGCUCUGUAAUGCACAGCCAAGCAUGAAAAAUGCAAAUGAAAUGUCUGCGCUCCUUAGCGUUGCGCUUUCCGCAUGACAGACUGCGUUUUUGCAUGACAAGCAAAGGGGUCUCUUCUCGAACACGCAUCACAAACUCUUCAGUCAUGACUGACAAGCAUGACAAACCUUGCAUCCUUCCAGACCCAGACAUAUUUGCAAUGCAUAUCUGGGAAGGCGCGGACGGGAACGCCAACCGGGCGAUCAACCACCUCCUGGACACGCCCGAGUCCAAGUUCCGCCGGGUAAACAGCAAGACCAGCAGCGGUGGCGGUAAGAGUCCUUCAUCCUCUAGCGCGAAGAAGGAGAAGAAGCACAAGUCGCCAAAAUCUGGCUCAAGUCCAAAUGGCGUCGACCAACAAGCCUUCUACGGUGGACCAACAAGUAAUGCGAAUCCACAAGCGUCGAUGGGAAUGGCCGGAGCUGGUGCAGGUGGAUCAGCCGGGUUUAAUAUGGGUUACCCGCCUCCAACCGGGGCCGUUCCGGACAUGAGCCAGUUCAUGAGCCCGGGCAUGUACGCAUAUAGUACGAGUAACAUGAUGCCUUACGGAGGCAGCUUCGGCGCAGUAGUUCCACCGCAUUCCUACUACGGACUUCCACCGCAUCCGAUGAUGUCCACCUCUAUGGGAGCCACGGCCGGUGGACAGCAAGCCGCACCGCAGGACCUGCCCCCCGCCGGGAUGCUGGGCGUGCAGAACUCGCGGGGGGAGUAUGUCUUCGACCCGAAAACGCACGCCAGUCAGUACGACAUGACCUCGCCCAUCGGGAAGGCGGCACUGACAAACGGGCAAAAUGGCGGCGCAGGGAAUAAUGCUAACGGCGGGAACAAUCUUCAAGCAAGAAAGGAACUGACGGGACAGGUAAUUCUGAAUGAAAUGGAAGUCAGUUGUCUAGUGCUCGGAAUUUUUUCUGCCUCCAGACGAGAAAGAUUUUGAUUUUGUGAAUUCGUCUUAUGCUAUUUCAAAGAAUUAUGCCGAUUUUGGGAAAUCCAAUCGUUGAGCCGCGUGUAAGAAAUGGAGGUAUAAUCGAGUGUAGCGAUGCAGUGAUGUUUAAGUUUUUCUUUUCCUCUUUCACAGGACCACGCGUCCGCGACGAAAUCGUCCGCGACCCCGAACCUGACCCCCUCGCUUCCCUUUGAGGCGAUGCAGGAGAAGCAGACAAAUUUGCAAACGCAGAUGUUGCUGCAGCAGCAGAUGCUGGCCAACAUGCGGAAUAUUCUCCUCCUCCAGCAGUUCAAGGACCGCCGACGGCUGAAAACGACGGACAAGCCGGAGUGGUGGGAGGAACUGGACCGGGAGAGCGUGGAGAAAAACCCCUUCGCCAUCCGACCGCUCGAAUAUGACAGUGCACAACUCCCCCUCCCUCUCAUUUGUCAUGCAAAACCCCAAAUCCAAGUGCGUCCCUGUGGCACUAAGUGCAUCACAGAUUCCGGAAGCCCAAACAGUAUUACACUAGGCGCAUGAGUUUGUCAUGAGCAGGCUCCACGUGGUGUGGUGUUUGUAUUGCUGUUCAUGCGAUACAAAUGAGGGGGAGGGAUAGUUGUGCACUCUCAUAUCGAAGCCAGCGCCCAGCAGGUGAAGGACGUUGCCAGCGUGUUGCGGAGAGUUGUCGAGGAACAGGAAAAUCAAAAUACCCAUCAAAAGGGAAAUAAUAAGCAAAUAACCUCGGCUACAACUUCCAAGUCCGUGCGCGGCGGGGGUGGAGCGGCUAGUACAACAGCGAACAAGAAGCAGAUUGUUCUUCAACAGCAGCAAAUAAACGCCAUGACCAGCCCGGCGUCCACGGCAAAGCGGUCCAAAGCCGCGUACUCCAGUCGCAUGAGUAGCAAGGGGACCAACAGCAGCAGCAUCUACAGCGGUGGUCAACAGCCGCACGGUAGUGCUGCGGCUCUGGCGAAGAUGGUCGUAAACAAUCAGCAGCAGAACAGCAAUAGAGUUGUCGGUGUUAGUACGUCGUCUCCAAAGCCAUCGUCUCCAAAGCCUUCCUCCAGAACCGCCACACCACUGUUGGAAAAGCGAGCAGCCAGAAUGAUGAAGGAGCUCGGUUGCACUAUGGGAGAGCAACAGCAAACAAGGUCCUCGCAGCCGGUAGUUCUUGACAAAGUGCAGUCGCUUCUGGACAAAACCAUCACGCUGGGCCCGGUACAGGAGGAGGUGGAGAUGGUGGAAAACGGCAUGGAAACAAGGAGCAUGAAAAAAUCAAAUUAUACCGACGCAAACAACAAUAACAAUUUGUUGACGACGCCUGACACCGCCGUCCCGCCGACCUCCUCCACCCUCGGCGGAGCCGGACCAACUACGUCAGCCAACACGACCGCUACACAAAUCACCGUGACGCAGCAAACCCCGGGGUUGAAAGCCUUUCUCUCCUCCCUCGACGAAGCGAUGCAGACCUACUCCACGGAACUGAUGCGCGCGGAAAGGAACAUUGCGAGAGAAGUUGUUGUUGGGAACGGUAGCAGCAGUAGCUUGCUGCAAACGGUGGAGCCGAGAGCAGGUGCCGGAGCAGAACAAGCGGCUUUGGAUCACCAGUAUCUGCAAAACACUAGCAACCUGUCUUCCAACUUGGAUCUCUUGGAACUGCAGUCGUCGCAAUUCUCAUCGGCGCAAAACAGCGGCGCGGGAACAGGGUCGGGAGCCGGGGUAGCAGCUCCGGGGGCAAUUGUGAUGAACGCCGCAGAAGCUAAUGUACUAGAGGAGGAUGAAGAACAGGAGGAACUGCAGGAGCAACUACAGCAGAAAGACGCGAUGUACGAUGCUGCAUGGACGAAUUUCUGCUACGGGGGCAAUCCAGCUGAAGAAGGCAAUGCUUCCCCCUCUUCGCAAAGCAACACCAUUUCCUUCGUCAUCAACGUAGACUGCGGUGGUGGUGCAAACGGAACCACCUCAGGAGGAAAUCUAAACUCGCCCACGGUGUCCGUCGUCCCCGGACCAGCAGCGCAGCAGCAGCCGAAAGUUGAGCAGGAGAAAGAAAAGCAACCAGCGUCCACCUCUCCUUGGCAAACGAGCAGCCGGUUCAUGCAGCCCAUGGACGACUUCCUGACCCUGCUCGUUCCGAAGACCGAGGUGGCGCGGAAGCUGGACGGCCCGGGGCUGGCGCUGAUUAUGUCCGACGCGACGGAGAAGCAGCGGCAAAUGAAUUCGAUGCAGAAACCAGAACCGCAACUCGUGUACGCCAACGCGAACGGAGCGGGACCUGCGAAUACCGUCUACGGGGGCCCCACCUUGCUAGAGCAGACGGCGCUGGAUUUGGCGCAAGCGCAGCAAGCCGGCCUGCACCAGCCGUUUUUGUUGCACCAGCCGCCGCAGGUCGGCCUUCCGUCCGUGAAACCACAACUCAUGUUAGCGGAGCCGGCCGGGAUGAUGAUGCAGGGACCACAGCAGGGUGCAACUGUCAGUUCACCUGCUCUUUAUUACGGGACAAACAAUUUGGUGCAAGAACCAGUCGACCAGCAGCUUGCUCAACAACCACAGCAGGUUCUCUUGCAACCACAGCAACAGCCGCUCGUCUUCCAGGACAGUCGAGGGGUUCGCUACGGCCCGGCGGCUGCACUACCGGCUGGAGGUCUAGCACCGGGGCAACCGCUCGCCUUCGUCCCAGCUGGUGGUGGUGGACCACAACAGUUUCUCACUCCCGCAGCGGCUGCUCCUGCAGGGUUAGCAACAUCAUCUCCUGAGCAACUUUUGACACUGUCUGCACCAGUACAACUGCAGCAACAGCCGAACAUCAACUACAUGUCAGCAGCAGGAGCAGGUACGCAGCCAGUGCUUGGGAGUACCAGCGGUCAGCCGGAACAACAAAUGGUCAGCGUGCAGUCGCCGGUCGCGGCGCCCGCGGCGUUUGGAAUGCAGCAGCCGGCAGUGCUCAGUCCGGUUCUGAUGGACCCGGGGAAUUUGCAGUGGACCAUGCUGCAAGCGUGAUAGGAAGUGUGCCUAGGCGGCGGGAUUGUAGUUGUCGCACUACUUAGUUGCAGCUUAUCCUCUGCAACCCACUAUUAGUUUUAGCUUUGAAACAUGUACAUGCUUGAAUUAGAUUUUACUUCACAAUAACCUCGAAGUAGCGAGGAACUGGCGCGUCCAGCUAGCAACCGUUUCGUUUCGAAUUCAGAUUUUCUGUGCUGAUGUACUUACCACAGCUAGGAGAGUAGCGGUACAUACAGUAUUGGAAUACAAACAAUUUUGGUCUUGCGCUGACAGUUAUGUCAUUCAAAGUUCUACCCGUUUCCGGUUUGUCAUAUUGUAUCGAAAUUUCACAACUGCUACUGGCGCAUAUAUCACUUGCACAUCCUUAGCUACAACGCCUACCCAGUUUUUUUGUGCCCACGCCUAAGUCGAAAACUCCAAAAACCUUUUGAUCAUGCCCCCAUGAUGCGUUUCUACCUGACAUAUUACUCAUGGCAUAUUUCACAGCGUGAACGGAGAAUAAAUCACGAUGCUUGUUUAUGCAUACGCGACUGCUAUGUACACGAAGUUGUCCGAAUGCUCUAU